AAAAUUAUGAACAGAAACGCAGAGGCAGAGCAAGAAGAAGAGUUCAGUGAAUGGGUAGUGAUCCAAACCUCACCCACAAUCUCACUAAGUGAAGCAUCUAGCCCUCUAAGCUCACCGAUAUCACAACCAAGCCAAGGCCGUGAUGAUGAUGAUGAAGAUUCUGUUGUCCCCGUAGUAGAAGAAGAUGAUGAUAAAUCCUUCUCCAACGUGAAUCAGUCGCUUCCGUGGCGGAUGAUUGAGUCUGCCAAGAAGCGUUUGAAGGACUCAGGAAUUUUCGAGAGGGCGCCUUGUAAUUACCUGAGUAGUACAAGGGUGUUCUGGUCAUUGACCCUCGUUUGUGGCUUCUCCGUGGUCUCGAGUCUUGUUUAUGUGAAGGUCGUGAGGUGGUGGAGACGUUUACAAGAAGAGAAGAUGAGAUUUGUGCUUCUUCAGCUCAGAGAGAAAGAUCAGAAAAUAAAGGAGCUUAUACUUGAAAUUGGGAGAUUGAACGAGUCACUAUUAUCCCGACGCAGAGUUCGAGUGGUUCGGAUCGUGUGACGAGACGAAUGUAAUUAAUUGUAUUUUGCUAUUUGUUGUGUGACUAUUAUACAAAGUUACGGACAUAUUAUUGCUCAUGCGUAUGUAAGUAAUGUAAUGAGAAAUACGAAAUCAAAGGAAUAUAGAGUGGAAUACAGUUUACGUUUGGUGUUUCUAUAUAUGUUUCUUUAAAAUAUCAUUUGACUGAAUGUUUACAAA